AUGAGAUCAAUUUUUUUCUUAGGAGUGGCAUCGGUGUUAUUGGUGGGGGUUCAGGCAUUAGUUGUGACGGUCUCAACUACAACCACCAUAUCUACAACGAAUUUUAUUCAGCCAGCAACAAAUACUUUUAGUGUUGAGUCCACAGGUACCAUAUUAGCUCCUAGUGCACGUGUAUUUCAGUUUGGAGACGAUUUGUGGAACCAUGGUGAGAUUGACAUUGACUUCAACGGCAUUUCCACCGUGAACGUUCGCCGGGCAACCAACUAUGCCUCAGGAAAGUUCUAUAUCGACACAACAGGAAGUUUGGAUUAUGACAACGCUUACAUCUUCAUCAAUAAUGGACUUGUGCAUUUCAGUGCCGCUAUCAUUGAUAUCAACUUGGCCAAAUUGUCCGCAGGUUACUACACUUCUAACUCUGCGGGUGCCACCUGGGAAGUGCUGAGCACUGGCUUUCUCAGCUUCUUUGCACCUCUGUAUAUUGAAAACCAGGGUACGUUUCUGUUCCAAGCUGCUGGAAGAGGUGACAUCAGAAUUGAUAAUCUUGUGAAUGGUGGUACUUUCACAGUCAAUGUACAGAGUACAAACGAUUAUUUGUACUUCGGAUCAUUAACGAAUUCCGGACACUUCACCUACAAUUUUGGAACUAGUGCUGGUCUACCAAUGGACAUGGGUGGUACAUUAUUCAACUCUGGAGAUUUGACGGUCGCUGGUACCACCGGAAGUCCAGAAUUUGACCAAGCUGGUGUCGUUACAAAUGAAGGAAGCAUUUGUCUCAAACAUGUGCGGUUUGAUCAAUCUGAAGAUGUUGUUGGAAGCGGCUGUUGGACAAUGUCCGACUCUGCCUAUUUCAGGUUGGAGCUCGGAUUCACGACUUCAGGUACGCAGAUCUUUUACCUCGAUGACCUCACAGCCAGCUUAUUUCUCAAGAAUAUAGUUACUAAUGGCCUUGUUUACGAGCUCUAUGGAGUAAGAAGUGGUCACACCUUCAUUUCUGGAGGUGGAGCCCUGGCGGCUUAUACAUCUUAUAGUGCGUUGAAUGGCAUUUUGACGGUUGGACAGUCGGCCUCUAGAAAUGUUCUUUUCCAUAUUGGGCAGGGAUAUAACCCAGCAGGAUUUACUGUCUCUGGUGGUCAAGUAACGUAUGUUGGACCAGUACCCGCUCGUGACGUCCCAACCAAAUGUGCUUGCGCUCUGCCUGUUGUUCCAGUAUCUUCCUCAGAUAUCGAAACUUCUUCAGACUCUGAAACUUCUUCCAGAAUUGAGAUUUCGUUGUCAUCUUCAGAGUCGUCAUCUUCAGAGUCGUCAUCUUCAGAGUCGUCAUCUUCAGAGUCGUCAUCUUCAGAGUCGUCAUCUUCAGAGUCGUCAUCUUCAGAGUCGUCAUCUUCAGAGUCGUCAUCUUCAGAGUCGUCAUCUUCAGAGUCGUCAUCUUCAGAGCCGUCAUCUUCAGAGUCGUCAUCUUCAGAGUCGUCAUCUUCAGAGUCGUCAUCUUCAGAGUCGUCAUCUUUAGAGCCGUCAUCUUCAGAGUCGUCAUCUUCAGAGUCGUCAUCUUCAGAGUCGUCAUCUUCAGAGUCGUCAUCUUUAGAGUCGUCAUCUUCAGAGUCGUCAUCUUCAGAGUCGUCAUCUUUAGAGUCGUCAUCUUCAGAGUCGUCAUCUUCAGAGUCGUCAUCUUCAGAGUCGUCAUCUUUAGAGCCGUCAUCUUCAGUGUCGUCAUCGGAGGCGUCACCAUCAUCAUCGUCAGAAACUGAAACUGCUACAUCAUCCGAUACUGAAAUAGUAUAUGAGACGUCUUCCUCAUCCGUGACAUCAUUCGAAACAUCAUUCGAGACAUCAUCGGAGACAUCAACAUCAUCAUUUGCUUCAGAAAAAUCGUCGGAGUCAUUAUCAUCAUCAUCAUCGGAGAUAUCAGCAUCAAUGGAUUUUGAAACUUCAUCCGAUAGUGAAGUAUAUUUAAGCAGUGAGUUAUUAUCAGAAAGCGAGACAUCUUUAGAGUCUCAGACCUCUUCAGAGAUAAAAACAGAAACACCUUCAGACUCUGAUUCGAACACAGACACCGAGAUAUCAUCAGAAACCGGCACAUCUUUUGAGACCAAUUUCUCACAAAACAGCUCAUCUUCAGAUACUGAAAAAAAAUCAACUUCAGACACAGAAAACUCUUCAAAUGAGUCGUCUUCAAGAAUUGAGUCAACUUCAGAGGCUGAGGCCUCUUCAGACACAGAAACUCAAGCUGAAACUGAGGUAUCAUCAGCAGAAACUACUUCGGACAACGAGACUUCCACACACACAUCUGCAUUAGAGACCUCGUCAGGAACAGAGACACUUCCUUCCUCAGCAACCAAGACAUCGUCUCCAGAUCAAGAGAGCACUUUGUCUUCGGAGACAGAAACAUUGUCGGACACCGAGACGUCAACGGACUUCGAUUCUUCUUCCCAUACUGAGACAUUUUCAGAGUUUGAGACUUCCUUAAACCCUGAGGUUUCUUCGGACACAGAUACUUCAUCUCAUACUUUCAAUACCUCGGAGACCCAGGUUUCUCCCGAAAUUUCCACGCAUUCUGAGACAGAUACAGGGAAUUCUUUGACCAAGACAUCUUCCGAUACAGCAUCUUCUACAGAUACUAGUACGCCUUCCGAUAGUGCUGUAUUUUCUGAUUCCGAGAUAGCCUUGGAAAACGAAACCUCUACUGACCUUGAAAUCUCCUCGAGUGAACUCGCUCCGGGCUUGACCUCCUACAUUACUACAUGGACUACCUCCAACUCUGAUGGCUCUGAGCAAACUGAAUCAGGAAUUGUCAUUGUAACCACUGAUUCUGCAGGGUCUUUGUACACUACAACUUCCGAGUUUGAUGUAUCGACGCUGGGGAUUGUAAUUUGUAGAAGAGAUGAAGAUGACUGCAUUUCGUUGACUACGUUCACUACAACUUGGACAACGACUCAUUCCGAUGGAUCAGUUGAGACGGAGUCUGGUGUUGUGAUUGUCACUGCUGAUUCUGCUGGCUCGUUGUACACCACUACAUCUGAAUUUCCUAAUUCACUUGGAGGCUUGACUACGUUCACUACAACUUGGACAACGACUCAUUCCGAUGGAUCAGUUGAGACGGAGUCUGGUGUUGUGAUUGUCACUACUGAUUCUGCUGGCUCGUUGUACACCACUACAUCUGAAUUUCCUAAUUCACUUGGAGGCUUGACUACGUUCACUACAACUUGGACAACGACUCAUUCCGAUGGAUCAGUUGAGACGGAGUCUGGUGUUGUGAUUGUCACUGCUGAUUCUGCUGGCUCGUUGUACACCACUACAUCUGAAUUUCCUAAUUCACUUGGAGGCUUGACUACGUUCACUACAACUUGGACAACGACUCAUUCCGAUGGAUCAGUUGAGACGGAGUCUGGUGUUGUGAUUGUCACUGCUGAUUCUGCUGGCUCGUUGUACACCACUACAUCUGAAUUUCCUAAUUCACUUGGAGGCUUGACUACGUUCACUACAACUUGGACAACGACUCAUUCCGAUGGAUCAGUUGAGACGGAGUCUGGUGUUGUGAUUGUCACUACUGAUUCUGCUGGCUCGUUGUACACCACUACAUCUGAAUUUCCUAAUUCACUUGGAGGCUUGACUACGUUCACUACAACUUGGACAACGACUCAUUCCGAUGGAUCAGUUGAGACGGAGUCUGGUGUUGCGAUUGUCACCACUGAUUCUGCUGACUCGUUGUACACUACAGGUUCCCCGAUUGAUAAUAAUGAUGCAACAAUCCUUUAUACCACUACAGUGACAGCUACAGAUGUCAAAGGUAUUACUAAGACCGAGGAAUGUAUUGUUUUUGUUACACAUGAUAUUUCUGGUAAGGAUGUUACCACUACCAAGACUAUCACAAGGAAUCGGUGUGCACAAUGCACCCAUUUCAUUUCCUCAGUUGUAACUCGUCAUGAUGAUGGCUUCAUUGAGACCAAAUCUUGCGAGGUUUUGAUUACUACCGAUUCUCAAGGACACAUUUACACUACCACUAUAAUUAAAGGUAGCCACAAGUGUGAGAAAUGUACCCAAUACCGGACAACUUUGACCAAUACCUUAGAGAACGGUCAGAUAAACGUUGAACAAGGCGAAGUUGUGGUAACAAUUGACUAUAAAGGCAAUUUGUGGAGCACUUUUGUUGGACAAAAUGAGGGCUCAAUAGUCACGUACCUGGUAGUCAAUCACUAUGGGUGGACACAAACGGUGAAAGGAGUGGCCAAAACCUUUACUAAGACAGAUGGCUCAGUUGUGGCGACCACUUUCCCAUUAUUGACCACAGAUGGAGUUUAUGGCACCACAAAUGCUGAUGCAGCAGAGACCAAGACGGCAGGACUUGGAGAAGUAUAUGUCAUCACACUUGAUGAUGGCACAGUUGAAACCAAGACGGGUCCGCCAGGUGAGUUUUAUGUAACCACUCACGCAGACGGUUCGGUGGAAACGAAGGUGAUAGAUUCAUCGCCCACUAUUGCAGCUGCGACAACUAAGGACCGUACUACCACCUUGAGCACAAGCUAUCUGGAUGGUAAAUCGACUUCUUCUCUCAUCGCAGUUAAUUCGAUAUUAGUUAAAGGAAUGGCACUGUCGAAUGUUGCCGAUCUCGCAUUCUACUUAUUCUUCUUUAUUUCCAUGCUUUAA